AUGAGCUCUGAAGCGAGUCAGAGCGCCAAUGUUGCUCGUCCCAAGUACCGCCAAUCUUACGAUUCGUAUCAUCGACAUGUUCGCUCAGUUCACGGGGUCAACGAUGUUUCUGAGCCUGGACCAUCAAGCGCUCUCGAUAGUACGAACUCGCACCGGCACGGGUCGGGCCUCUCUGGUUCUGUUUCUGGCUCUGGUCCUGGUCCCAGCGUUAUUAGCUCUCAACCUCAGCAGCCCGGAAAUAUCGCUUCCUUCUUCGAUUCUGAGAGAUUAGCCAGUUCAGCAGCACCAUAUGAUCCAAGUAAUAGGAGUACACAAUCUACAGCCAAGGGCAUCCGAUGGCCUUUUCUUGGAAGCAUCAAGUCGCAAGUCAGUCUACCGCUGCCUCCUUCGCCGCGAGCAGGAACUCCAGCCGAGCCUACUGAAGUCGAAUUACCAUGGCGACCCGUCUUUCUCCAUCGACGAAUCUUGGUUCUUUAUGUUGUUGCGUUUUUAGUUCUCAUUGCAGGAGUACAGAUCGCACUUCAACUAUCCGAACACAACGAUGGUCUCCACGAAGCUGAUGAUGCGUCAAGGUAUCUGUGGCAAUAUGGUACGACUUUGGUAUUCAUCGUUGUGGCUGCUUUCUGGAACAGAGUCGAGUUUCAAGCCUCGGCCGCUAUGCCCUGGAUUCGCAUGCUGAACAACCAACUCGAAGUCGACAAGUCUCUUUUACUGGAUUACGUUUCUCUUUCUGAGCCUAUGGCUAUUAUCAAAGCUGUCCGGAAUAGGGACUGGCUUGUUGCAGCUCCGGUCAGCGCCGGAAUAAUAUUUAAACUAAUUGUUAUAUUCUCCACGGCCUUUGUCACGCCCAGAGUCAUCACUGUUGCUCGUUACGAGACUGCUAUCACAGUCGAGACCGAGUUCUCCAACAGUGCUUCCAGGCUACAAGACACUGGAUCGUUACCUUAUUUUACUCUCGCUGCUUUGGCGGCCGACAACAUUUCUUUUCCGAACGGGGUUACUCCCGAAACAGCAUAUACACCAUUUUCUAGCGAUAUUACAGAUUUAAUAGGCAUUACGGCGGACGUGGAUGGAUUUAUUGGGGUUUUGGAAUGUGAAGAUGCCGACGUAUCUUUGGAUUCGAUGAGGUUGGAUGGAGGCUCUCUCACGUUGAACGUGACGAUGUCGGAGGCGGGAUGUUCCUCAACACAAACCAUUUCGAGCACGAAACUUGCGACUACCAAAGACGAAGACCUAACAAGGGCAUUUCUGGCAUUUCAACCAGCCAGUUGUGGUGGCUCAACGAAAGACGACGAACAGCGAGUAGCAAUUAUGGCUGGUAUUCUGGACCUCGAUAUCGAUCAACUGAAACGGCAAUCGAAAACCUCGAAUGGGCGACUCGGCAACAUCUCGUCAGCGACCGGAUUUCUUUGCAAACCAAAGUACAGUAUCACCGAAGUUACAGUUGCCAAGAGUUUUGAGACAGUUCUCUCAAUCACUCCCAAACCUGAAGCGAAGGACACCACUCUCGACCAAGUUCACCCGUGGGCAGUCACCCGGGCUCUGUUCAAGUCCUUAGAAUCCGAUGAAUUGUCUGAGAAGCAGCUUCUAUCUACAUUCAUAAACUCGUCAUACAAUGGAAGCGCCAUUCUCGAAGUCGACGAGGCUAUGUCGGCUGCACUCGCGCUGGGUUUAAGAAACGGAUGGGAUUAUCCUAAGGCCGAGUCACUAACAGACAAGGACAUCCUAAGACAUCUUUCCAAACGAUUCUACGCACAAUCUUCAGCUCUGAUUGCUCAAUACGCCAUGAUGGAGCCAUCACCUAGCUCUUCGACCGCUGUCACCAGCUUUAUUGGACGACGACUCAUCGUACGACCCGCUCCCGCAUACUUGAUAACAGGACUUCUGGUACUUUGCUUGCUUCUUAGUUUGGUCACGAUACUCCUGGUUCCGAGAAGAGGUUUUCUUCCACGAGAUCCCAGUACUAUCGUUGGCAUGGCCUCGGUAGUCGCACACAGUCACCCGCUCGUUGAAUCGCUCACGGGCAUGGGUCCUGCACCUAAUAGAGUCCUCCGAUCAAGGCUCGAGGCUUCGACCUACAUGAGCGGAGCUGAAGGCCACGAGAAGCUGGACAGCCCCAACUUGGGCUACUUUCACAUCUUCGGGGGCAGAGUGCCUACAGCAACCGCUCAGCCGAAGAAGUACGACUCUUCUACUUGGAGACAGCCCAACUCGAUGCACGGCCUAAUCCGACUGAUAUACCUCUUUGCCCUCGCAUGUAUCAUCAUAGGUUUCGAGGUUUCUAUUCGCUUGUCGCAGCGUUACAAUGGGUUGAGGACGAUGGAUGACGAUGCAGCAUACUUUGCAUGGACUGUUGUGCCAGCUUUUGUCUUACUUUUGGUGGCCAUGUAUAUGCUGUCGUUAGAAUGGUGGACGAGGCUCCUCUCCCCAUUCUCCCACCUAAAACACCGGGGAGACUUUGAUGAGACUGUUGGCUUGAACUUGGCUAAUGCUUUGAGGCAUGUGGCUUUUAGACGAGCCUUCAAGAUCCGUGAUAUCGCUGCCUUGGCUGCCAUUUCUGGUGGGUUUGUGGCACUCCUCGUGGUAGUUGCGUCUGCUCCUUUAUUUGAUCCCAGGCCCAUUGAGCUUGACAGCAGCCUUCCACUACGUACCGAAGACUUCUUCGCCAACAGUCUAGCAUCUUCUGUCGACGACCCUAUAUGUACCGAUUGUAACAACGACACCAUCAUGGCGUCACUGAUACUCGCCGCCGAUGCUCCUUAUCCUCGGUUCACCUACGCCGAUCUCAACAUGCCGAGUAUAUCCUUAGUCAACAAGGACAACAGUGAUAAUUUGAUGGUCAGCGCACAGCUCACAGCAAUACGGCCAAACAUGGCGUGUCGACUGUACAAGUCUGAGGAUAUUUCCACCAACCUCACCCUCGAAGUCGAGCCCAAUGAUGGAACGGUCAACCCGUUGCGUGUGGACCUUGCGGGUGAAGCCUGUGGUGGACUGGGACGACAAAGUAGCAGCAACGCUAUCAUUGGAACGACAAAGGGCUCAUCCCGAACGCAAAGCACCAAGAGCUUGAGCGGUAGCACAGUCUUUGGCGUUGGGCAAGGGAAGACAAACUCGACAUCACAAUGUUCCGAUUGGAUAUACAUCUGGGGCCAGCUCGAUAAUCUGGGAAGCAGCGAUAUGUCGGUGGGCAACAUUAAUGCUCUCGCCUGUAACGAGACGAUCGAAGCAGUUGAUGUCGAUGUUGUCCUCCAGGGCGCUGAGCUUAACCUCUUCCCAGAUCAUCCUCCUGUUCCUGUCGAGCACAGCGUCAAGGACACGAGUGUCGCCAUACCGGAACUCAAAUAUUCGUCACUUGUCAACGUCUCCUCGGAUGGUCUGCUCGACCCUUUCUUUGCAAUGCUGAACGUCUCUCAAUUUGCUGUGCCCGAUUCGACAUUUGGAAGCUCAUCUGCGGAUGCUACAAAUCAAACCCAGUCAGCUAUACUGUCUCAGCAUGGCAUCAUAAGAGCCCAAUCAUUGAAUUUCAAGAGUCGACGCCAUCUAUCAUCGAAGGGCACGUUCCCACAGACCAAUAACACCGCUAUUGUCAGCGGCAUUGACCCUGAUUCGGCAGUGUCUCAGGCUGUUCCGAUCAUCAGCGGUAGCAAAAUAGCAAGAAAGGUCAGAUUGCACCAAGAUGAGAUCGCUACGAGGGUUCUUCAGGGCCUUGUGGGGGCACUGAUGCUCCUUCACCUUUUCUCGUGGGUGUAUUGGCGACGAGUUCGACUGCCUCGCAUGCCGACAACUAUCGCAUCUGUCACGGCCCUUCUCGUUGACGGCAACUUGUUCAGAUCGCUACCGCGUGCUGCGCAAUGGCAGCCAGAUAGUGAGCUCGAAGCCAUCUUCACCGAAGGGGAUGCGCCACAGCGUUUCGAAAUGGGAUGGGAUCGCAAAGGACGAACUAGAGGACGAGACGGACGGGCCAAGAAGAAUGAAGGCAAUUUCGGUAUUCGAGCAUUUAUUCCUAAGGAUUCUAUACCAGAGGAUGUUGAGAUGAGGCCAAUACCUCCCCCCAAACCAACACCAAAACCAUCACUGGGAAUGGUUCGCCAAGGGACAGCAACGUUGGGGGCUGACGGUACCCGACGGCAAUCCGUAUUGCUCACCAAAGGCUACACCAACAUUUCCAAACCUAAGAGCUCUAAGAGCUCGAAGGGUUCUGAAGGGAGCAGGGAAGUAAGGCAAAAAAGAUCCUUCUCAUCGGCAUUGAGUGGGCCGAAAGAGUUGGUCAAAGUGUGGUGGGCAGGAGGAAGUUGA